AGUCACGGGGCCGUGUACUUUACUCGCAGUCAGCGGAUACUUCAGGUUGCGACAACAUCUUUAGUAGCUAAAGACUUUCAAGAGGAUAUAGCAGGACAUAUUUCAGCUCGGCGAUUCUCUGAGGAAAGUUGAGCAUCUUGUCACUGGGGACUGACCGUUGUUGACUUUUCGCCACAGCUUGCAUUCACUUCUCCUGUUCCAAGCACUGUUAACGACAUGGCUUUCGGGAGCGAGAAUGGGACCGAUAUCCCCGUAGGCAACUGUACUUCCGACCCCUACGUCUCCGACUGGGGGUUUCGCUAUUUCGUAGCCAACUUUACCAUAGCAGCAGUCGGGGCUGUUGGCAACAUCGCGAGUCUGUGGAGUCUGUUCAGGUGUCGCAAAACAAACCCAGCGGCCAAGAUCCAACUGGGGACAUUUUUCGGCGUCCAGCUGAUCGUCUGCAUCCUGACGCUGCCCGGAUUCUCCUUCGUCAAGAAGCUGGCCCUCUUGUGCCAAGCGGGAGACGUGCCCAUGGAGCCCAAGCUCCUCUUCCUCUUUGCCCAUACCUUAUUCCUACCCAUAGAGAGGAUCAACUUCACAGCCAUGGCGAUUAUCAGACUCGUUGCAGUACGGUGGCCACAUCACUACAAGAAGUUUGUGCGAGUCAGAGUCGUCGUUGUGAUGGAAAUACUGAUCUUUCUAUACGCACUCUCUCCUUGGCUGGUCGCCUUUGCCAUUAACCUUCACGGGAGUUAUCCUAUUGAGGACCAGAUGACUGUCACAUUCAGUCUGGGAAAGUCAAGAACCAUCAAAAAUAUUUAUUUGGUCCAUGGCAUCAACCACCUCUUCCCUACCUUUGCCAGUCUGCUGGCCUAUUCGCUCAUGAUGUACACGAUGAUCAGACAGAAACAAGUAAUGGGUCCCCACAAGGACAAAAACGCCACGACCAUGGACCACGUCGCCUACACCAUCCGUCUAGUCAUCCUCGUCAAUUUGCUUCUCGAUGUCCCCCACACUCUGGCCCAUCUGCUAAGGGUGAGCCAGGUGCCCUCGCUCAUCAUCCACAGCAUCUUCUACAUGCACCUGGCUCUUGAUCCCUUCAUCUUCGUUGGCAUGAACGUCCAUUACCGCAAAGCUCUAAUUACCAGCAUCCGUUCUUGCUUCCGCGGCAGAAGCAGCCAUGAUUCGCAAUCGCAACAAGGUCUGGAAGUGCCGGCCCAAAGAAUGAGUCUCCUGAACGUGUCUCAAUCCUCUCAGACGCGUAGUGGAGGGACCGAGCUUACAAAUGACUCCGGAGUGUCCAACGUCUGAUUCUCUCAUCUACCCCAUCUCAGACAAUUUUGCUUUGUUCGUGAAAUGGGACCGUUUGCUGUUUCGUACACACUAGGCCGCUAGUUGCGUCCGCAGUUUUAGGCUGAUGAAUGUCAACGCAAAAUCCAGGGUGGAAAAAAGAUAAGCAAAAUCUAACCGAGCUAGCCACGGAGAAUGAUUUCUGACCAGGAAUGUGUUGUAUAUUUAAAUACUUUUCUUACAGAGAUUUCCUGAACUUAUGACAGGGAUGGUUGGUGAUGUUCGGCGAUGUCUUUUAGGAAAAACGGUAUAGUUACUUGGUUGCUUUCCGAUUGCAAGAAGUAUCAAAAUAUGAUUCUGCAGCUGAUAUCAGUUUCAAAGGAAGCACUACGCUUCAGAAAAUAAGAUUUACGUGCUCCCACUGGGCUUCUAAUUCGUCUGGUUGACGAGAUCAUUCGUUCUUUCUUAAUAUCUGUAUGCAAUGCUUUUCUUUACCUGAUUGUGCUUAAAACACAAUAUAAAAAUGUAUUUUGUCACG